AUGGAUGAAUCAGUGGGACAACCUUCCGAACAACAGACAUCUACAAAUGCUUCCUCACCUUCUGCAACUCCAACAGCACUGGAUAACAAUGAUAUGGGAAUAAUUUCAAAUUACCAAUCGAAAACAAAUAUGAAUGCUAAGCCCGGAAGGAUAAUUUUGCCAUCAACAAUGCCGUCGACACCGCUGGAAACUUCGGCAACAUCACCAGCUGGAGUAUCAGAUGUACCAGUCUCCACUUUUAUUCCAUCAGCAUCAAUGCAAACAAAACACUUUGAUACUGGAAUUGAAGACAAAAAUAAUAGUGAUUUUUCUUCCUCUUCGAAAAAUUUGGAACAGAUUUCAAAAUUGCCAGCUUCAGUGAUCAUAUCAACUCCGGCUGUACCAACAGACGAGAAUUCUGUUGAAAAUACACCAAAGAGCAAAGAUGGUUUCAUUUUCUACAAGUGUCGUUUCUGUGGACUUACUUACAACUAUUUGACAACUUUGCGAGCUCAUGAACGAGUACACAAUAUUGAUGAACCUUAUAAAUGCAAUCGUUGUUCGGAAUCGUUUCAUUAUCUAUGUGAACUGGAGUACCACGCCAAACAGCACACUGGUGAUGAGGAUAAAGAAUCCAUCAUUGCAACAGUUCCCACUGCUGCAAAAUCUGCUCUGCCCAUUCCAGAAAGUGACUUCCCCACUCCAGAAUUUAUCGAGAAAGGAUUUGAACCAAAACAUCCUUUGAAAGUUUACUCUGAUGUGCGCCUCAAUCCAUACAUUUGUCAAUAUUGUUCGAAAAGCUAUCCAAACAGUCGCAUGUUAGCAUAUCACAUGUACGGACAUCGAGGCGAAAGGAUUUUCAAUCCUCGUGCUUCAAGAUAUCUGAUGGCACGCACUGAAAACUCCUAUAUCAGCCCAGGAUUUUAA